AUGGGGAGGCUUAAGCAAUGUUGGUCAAGUCUGCUACUGUUGGCAGUAGUGGUGAUCGGAGCCGGAGCUGUUCCUAUCACUUAUCUCCAAAGCGCCGUCGCUAAAGGAGCCGUGUGUCUGGAUGGGAGUGCACCAGCUUACCAUUUCGACAAAGGGUUUGGUUCGGGGGUUAACAACUGGAUCGUUCAUAUGGAGGGAGGAGGAUGGUGUACGGACGUGGCUUCAUGCAGUGCGCGUAAGGGUACAAUGAAGGGUUCGUCCAAGUUCAUGAACAAAGACUUUGGUUUCUCCGGUAUCUUGGGUGGCAAGCAAAGCACUAACCCAGAUUUUUACAAUUGGAAUAGAAUCAAAGUACGUUACUGCGACGGAUCAUCUUUCACCGGCAAUGUAGAAGCCGUUAAUCCGGCGAAUAAGCUGUUCUUCCGCGGUGCACGAGUUUGGCGUGCGGUGGUUGACGAUCUUAUGGCUAAAGGAAUGAAAAACGCUCAAAACGCGAUACUCUCAGGUUGUUCAGCCGGAGCAUUGGCCGCGAUUCUACACUGUGACACUUUCCGUGCUAUACUUCCCCGAACAGCUACAGUCAAAUGUGUUUCCGACGCCGGUUACUUUAUCCACGGCAAAGUCGUCGCACUCCACGGAUCUGCAAAGAGUCUUCCUCUUUCUUGCACCUCAAGAAUGAAACCAGAACUCUGCUUCUUCCCGCAAUAUGUUGUUCCUUUCAUGCGAACACCGCUCUUUGUCAUUAACGCAGCCUUCGAUUCCUGGCAGAUCAAGAACGUUUUGGCUCCGACUGCUGUUGAUAAGAGCAAAGCGUGGAAGAAUUGUAAGCUUGACCUCAAGAAGUGUACGGCCGCUCAGCUCAAAACCGUCCAAGGGUUUAGGGAUCAGAUGAUGCGUGCAUUGUCUCCGGUUCACAGUACUCCGUCGAGAGGAUUAUUCUUGGACUCGUGCCACGCCCAUUGCCAAGGCGGAAGCGCCGCCUCUUGGUCCGGUGACAAAGGUCCCCAAGUCGCCAACACGAAAAUUGCGAAAGCAGUCGGAAACUGGUUUUAUGGCCGGAGUGCAUUCCAGAAGAUAGACUGUCCGUCGCCGACUUGCAAUCCCACUUGUCCUGCAAUCUCUACUGACGAAUAG